AUGUGGAAACGGAAGCAAAUCUUACUACUUUCGCUUUUGUGUCGUAUUAUUUUGGUGUACUAUGGGCGUAUACAUGAUUACUUGUUUGAGGUCCAAUUUACCGAUAUUGAUUAUAAAGUUUAUUCGGAUGCAGCGAAAUACAUCUAUCAUGGAAAAUCGCCAUAUGAAAGAGCAACAUAUCGUUAUACUCCACUGCUGGCUUGGUUAUUAAUGCCAGUAGUAAAGUGGUCUGACUUUGGGAAGAUUUUAUUUUGUGCCGUGGAUGUGGCAGUUGGCUUUCUUUAUUUCCAGUUAUCAUCAUAUGGCUGUGCAACAUGCAAGGUUAAUAAAUUGAAUAAUCUUCGUGAGGACAAAGAUGAGUCAAGGAUGAAGAAAAGUGUGGUAAUAUUUUGGCUUGCAAAUCCAUUAACCUUUAUAAUAUCAUCAAGGGGUAAUGCUGAUGUACUUGUAUGUGCAGCCGUUCUGUGUACAUUGUAUUUACUUAUGCGGAACCAGUGGUGUUUGGCAGCCUUGAUUUAUGGAUUGCUAGCAGUACACUUGAAAUUAUAUCCAAUUAUUUAUUUACCUUCCAUUUUCCUCUACCUGUCCACUGUCUCUUUAUCAUUUGGAUGGAUCGAUUAUGGCAAACGGUUAAUUUCAAAUAUGAAAGGAUAUAUUUUUUUAUUGAUAUUUUCUUCUGGUUUGCUAGCAUCAAUUAUCACAUGUUAUAUGUUUUAUGGUAUGCCUUACGUUAACGAAGCAUUACUUUAUCAUCUGUAUCGUACUGAUACACGGCAUAAUUUUUCUCCUUACUUUUACUUAUUGUAUUUGGUAGCCAAUAAUACACAACUGUCUCGACUUAUAAGUUUCUGUGCUUUCAUACCUCAAACUUCACUUAUCAUCUGGCUUGCUUUCAGAUUUUAUGAUGAUCUUCCAUUUUGUUGGCUAAUUACUACGGCUGUAUUUGUUUCGUUUAAUAAAGUAUGUACUAGUCAAUAUUUCAUCUGGUACAUCUGUUUAUUACCAAUUGCUCAACGAAGUAUUGAAAUUUCUACGAUGGCAAUAAUAUAUAUAAUAAUCUUGUGGUUUCUGGGACAAGCUUUCUGGCUCUAUUCUGCUUACUUAUUUGAAUUUCAAGGCUUGGAUACAUUUUGCUUAAUUUGGCUUUCUUCAUUGCUCUUCCUCAUAAUCAAUACGGGAAUUAUUGUUCAUCUAAUUCGACGACAUGAUUUUAAAAGAAGCGGUGGAAUAGUGGGUAAAAUUCAGUGA